ACAUCUAUUGUGUUGUUCUCUUUGAUUUUCCUUCGGUUGUUCUUGUAAAAUCAACAUAUCAACCGACUUCCAACUAUUGGAUUAAUAUUCACCGAGUGAAUGACCCUGAUUUUAGGUGAUUUGUUACUGGGAAAACUAACACAAACACGUUCAACAGGAAAUGACAUUGAGUGGAAGUUGUGCACAGUUCCAGCUUUCCCCAUGGGAGCUUUCAGCACUGAUUAAGGAAUUUUUCUAAGAACAUUGAAGGGGAGAAAGCGAACAGACAUCACGUCCGAGAAGAGGUCACAAUAUGGAUGUUCUGCAGGCUAUUGUCACCAGUUUGGCUGUAAUGGUCAUUGUCCUCUUAAUGGCACUGUUCGUGUGCCACUAUUUUGGCCCACGAGCCACCGCUUGGAUCCGUUCCAAUCGCGAGGAGAAAAUUGGUCUGUCCAAAAACCGACUGUACAACGCCAAUGGAUAUUUGAUACAAUCAAGCACGGAAUUUCUCGUGGGGUCGACCGGGAGCUUUAAGCGAUUCGAUUCUGUCGAUCGGGAUUGUAAGGAGAUACAGGGUCAACAUACUGUGCCACUGUGGAAUAUACCUAUUAAUGAUAUUCCACCGCAGCCUUUGAGGCCAGCACCGACCUCACCAUCAGCCAUCAUCUCUCCCAAAAUUCAGACCACACACCAUCAGCGACCUCCCAAAAACGAUUCGCGACCGGUGAAGCAAAAAAGCUUGGAGCCAAAGACGGUGUCUCCUGCAAUGGCCAUUCCUCGGCCAGUGACACGACGCCAAUUGUCCACUCCAGUUUCUGGCUCGCAAUUCUCACCAGUCCUCAAUGUACCUGGCAGUAUGCACAAGACAGGGUGCGCGAAGAGGUCCAUGAGCACCAAUCCAUUUUUAAAUGGUACUCUGGAUGAUACAGCAGACAAUCAGACGGUGAAGGAGGAGCUGGAACCAAUCAAUCCAUUUGAGGAGAGGAAAAACCCAGAGACGGAGAUAUCUGGAAAGGAGACGCAUUUAUCUGAGAUCUUUACAUUUGACACCACGAAAAUCAAUGAGCUGUUGCUGAUGGAGGAGGAGAAUACGACGGUGAAAAAUGCUCUCCUGGAGGCUGAGGGCAGCAUCAAGAAAUUGGAGUCUGUCACGCUAGACGACAGGAAACAUCGUCAGGAUUACGAGGAAUUCCUUCGGCGACAGAAUGAAUUGAACUGGAAUAAAGUGAGAGAAUCAUCGAAGAAAAAGAAUCCGACAAUGCGGAAUCGAUCUCUGUCCGAAACGGAAGCUUCUGGAAAGAAGCACGACUCUGACGGGGACUUGAAGCUCCAAUCGACCAAUCCCUUCAUCACAGACUCUUCGACAGUUCUACACAAGACUGCUUCUGAGAACUACUUGCAGCAGUAUUCCGGUCAGGUUAUUGGAAUGCGCCCCGCUAGAGCCAUGCAGAAUGCUUGGGGUCUCACAAAAGUUGACAAGACUAAGAGGAGUUUAUCCGGCUCCCAAAGCUCCAUUGCAGAGAGUGAAGUGAGCACUAUAGUGUCCACUGAUAAUCUAUACCGUGCUGUUUCUUGUGAGUCCGUUUCGUCGCAGUCUUCUGUGGUGCUGGCCGACUUGGAGGAACCUACGGUGCCACCUGUUACAGGAUAUCUCUGCAUUGGACUUCACUAUGACAAAAACACCGUUUCCGAUGAGGGAGUCGAGCUGAUUGUUACUGUGUUGGAGGCCAAGGAAUUGGUCGGUCCACCGGACGCCAAAUAUAUGGAUACCUUCGUUCGAAUUUAUUUAGUACCUGACGAGACUGGAGCCUCUCAAACGAAGCUCUUCAAGGACUCCGCCUGUCCCAGUUACAAUGAGACGUUCAGCUUCUUCAUGAGCAAGAAGCGUACCAGGCGCUCUCUCUGGUUCCACCUGUACCACAGUGGCCUGGCGCACACCCUAAUCGGCGAGGCGGAGAUGCAAUUAUCCGAUCUGAGCGCCCGUCCCAUCACCACUUGGCUGGCCCUCUCGGACUCGCGCCACAGCAAGAACUGCAACUGGGGCGAACUCAUGAUUUGCCUCAGCUAUCUGCCCACGGCGGAACGCCUCACCGUGGUGGUGGUGAAGGCCAGGAACCUCCGGAUAGACGAGAAGUUGCAAGAGAUGGAGAAUGUCUUUGUGAAGGUGUACUUGUUGAAGGACGAUAAGAAGGUGUCGAAGAAGAAGACGUCGACGAAGCGAAAGGAGAAGAGUCCCAUCUACAAUGAGUCCAUGAUCUUCAGCGUGCCUCCCUAUAUGCUCUCGUCCAUCCAAGUGCGCCUCACCGUAGCUCACCAGCUGGAGAGCGACGCGACUUGCGUGGUGUCCUUGGGUCACGUAAUUCUGGGCAGCGCGGCCUCGGGAAAAGGCCUCCGGCACUGGAAUCAAAUGAUUUCCUCAGUGCGGAAGCCCGUGGCCAUGUGGCACCCUCUGAGACGUCCGGCACUUCCGCGCCAGCAACUCCAGCCCACAAAAUCCCACGACUAAACUUCUGCACGGCUCAUUAAUCACCCAUUCUCUCCUGGCUCCACACACUCUCAUUAUCAAUAAUGUGCUACACAAGAGACUCUCUGAGGUAUGUAUCAAGCAUAUACCCAUAUGAUAUCGAUUUUACAAAUAAGUUGUUAUAUAUCAAACCAAACACAAUCACGAUUGUAAUAAGUUCAUAAAUUUUAUGGUUUCUACGGACCAAAGAUGACUUUCUAGGAAAAUUUGAAACCAAAAGAGGAGAAAUCUGAAAAUUUUUGUAACAUUUAUUUGAAUACUUUAAUACUGAAACUAUUGUAAUAUUGUAAAUGAAAGGAUGUAAUAUUUAGAAAAUGAAAAUUGCUUCCAUGUUAAAAUACUGAGACAAAAGUGUGAGAUAAAGUGAAGACUUUGUGAUAAAUGCUUCCGAGGUACAUUUUUAUGAGUGUCAUCAAAAGAUUUCUUAGACAUUACAUCACAUUUGACAAUAAUCCACAUUGAUAUGAUAUCAAGCAAGUAUAUUUUAUCUAAAAAUGAUCAUUAUCAAAUUCUGACAAACAAAAUAUCUCUGAGGCGCUCUAAAGAGGAGCCAUUUACUCCAUUGUAAGAAGUAUUGCGUAAAUUUAAUGUAAUUGUUGAAGAAGUUUACUGCAUAAAAAGUAUUAUAGCCAUCUCAUGUAAUCCUUCCUGUCAAUGCGAGGGGAGUUGUUGAAGAAUAUAUUAA